AUGAAUUUCCAUUUUUCCAUCUCAGACGACACACUCGAGUCGUUUGAAACAACGAUCCUUCACGGGAAAUACAACUUCAAGGAUAAGAAUCUCCUUCGAAGAGCCCUGCGGGGUUUCAUCUUCAUCUAUACCGAUGACGAGGGCCGAAAGGUCCUCGCUAUGGUUGGCGACGCCACGCUUCGUCAAAUUCUUGUCAACCAAGGCCAGGAGAGAAAUAUGUCAGUUGGCAAUAUCCAAAACGUGAUUACGCAUGUCGCAUCAAACAGUCACUUGCACGAGCGCGGGAUCGAUAUCGGCCUAGACCCUUUCAUACUGAAGUUUCCUGGCCAGCUCGGCCAGCCUGCCGGAAGAAUUGUCAUGGCUACAACCAUUGAAGCCAUCAUCGGGGCUGUCUACAUAGACUCGCAGAAGAAUGCCAACGAUUGUGAGGCAGUCAUGGCCGCUCUUGGUCUCGCCUGGCCCGAAUGA